UACUUAAAAAAGUUGCGUGACUAAAACUACGCAAGAAUCUCAAUCGCCAAAAGCGACAGGCAAAGUUUCCAAUCCCCUCUAUGAGAAUUCUGGAAAUUUCGAAACGGGUUUGAAAUCUCCACCUCACUUCUCUCUCUCUCUCUCACUCUCCAUCUGAAACUCGAAACGACCACAGAGUCAGAGUGCAUACCUUGUAACUGGAGCUUGAUUUGAUUAAAUCCGACGCUGUUUACAGAAUCAUGUCAAUCCCACCCGGCUCCUCUUCCUCUCAAUUCACUUACACCAACGCCGCCGCCGCCGCCUCCUCCUCCUACUUUCCAACUCCCUUUCACCUACAGCACUCCGCCGCCGCUGCCGCCGCCGUAACCACUCCGUCUCAGUACCCCGCUCCCUACGUCGGCCCCACUCCUCCCCCUGUCGUCUACCCCGCGGCCCCCGCCGCCGCUCCCGUUUACUCCCUCCCUCAAUACCACCAGGCCCAACAACUGUUUCAAAGGGAUGCACAAACAAUUACACCAGAAGCACUUGAGAGCGUAAAGGCUGCCCUUGCAAGCAGUGAGAUUGAGCACAAAGCAGAAACUAAGAAGAAAGCAGUUCCUCGCAAAGCUGCUGGCCAAGCUUGGGAGGACCCGACACUAGCAGAUUGGCCAGAAAAUGAUUAUCGCCUCUUUUGUGGUGAUCUUGGUAAUGAGGUGAAUGAUGAUGUCCUUUCGAAAGCAUUUUCACGAUUCCCUACCUUUAACAUGGCUAAAGUUGUCAGAGAUAAGAGGACUGGCAAGACCAAGGGCUAUGGAUUUGUUAGCUUUGCCAACCCUGCUGACCUUGCUGCAGCACUUAAAGAAAUGAAUGGUAAAUAUGUUGGAAAUCGGCCAAUCAAACUACGUAAGAGCAAUUGGAAGGAGAGGACAGACCAGGAUGCGUUGGAAAGACAAAAGAACCAUUCUCAAAAGAAACCAAAGCUUUCAAAGAAGAGUGUGUUGCACAAGUGAAUUGUGUAUCUGAUGGUGGUAAUUAGAGUGACAAAGCAAAUCUGUCUUAAGGAGCUUUCUGUGCCUUUUUCUCUCUCUUCAUUUAAGUUGUUGUAGGAUUAUGUGAAUAUAAUGAUGUUGGACAAUUCAAGACUGGUGGAACUUUCUGCUGUUUUUUCUUUGUUGUUUUUUGCUUCGUUUUGUGUUCUAUAUUUUUUUUUAUGGAUUUUUUUAUUAUUAUUUUUUUGUGUAGUAGAUUCUAACAAUCCCCUCUAUAGAGGCACCACUAUUGAAGAUUUUAUAGUACUAGACAUUCAACUAA